UCUACUCAAAAGCAUCCAUGGCACUACAACUCAUCAUUUCUUGAUCCAAGCAAAACUACUUCUACGAAUUUACCUCAGUCGGAUAUUUCAUGGAUAGGCUCGACAGCUCGCAAUAUGACGCUCUCGUGUCGGAGUACGAGAGCUCCCUCGAUCUGCCCUCCCGCCGCUGCACCGCGGUGAAUUUCUUCGCGAACCUGGGGGAUGUCAAAGGCCUCAGGAUACUCGACUUGUCAACUGGGACUGGUGUUGUUGCUCGCAUGGUGGCCAAACUUGGCGCAAGCAAAGUCGUUGGCGUGGACAUCAACAAAGGGAUGCUGGGGAAAGCCAAGGAGAUCAUCGCGGCCGACGCAUCCGUCCCGAAAGAUGUCAUUGAGCUCGAGCUGGGGGACGUCUUCGCCCCGCUCAGCCUGACAAGCGCUGAUCCUGGCUCUUUCGAUGUCGUCGCAGGGAUCUGGAGUCUCAACUACGCUGGCAAUCAAGCCAUGAUGUGCCACGCGUUCAACAACAUCGCCAAGUAUCUGAAGCACGGUGGAAGAUUUGUUAGCAUCAUACCCAGCAAGGCGUCUCAUGGUAGCCGUGAUUCGUGGCCUGGGCUUGAUGAGCACAAUGGGUGGUACGGCGUUGGGAAGAAGAUCAUCGAAGAAGUACAGGAUGGUUACCGGGUCCGGACAAUCUUCCUGACGAACCCGCCUCUCGAAUUCGACAAUUUCGACCUUGAUCACAGGGUCUAUUUCAAGGCCGCGGAAGGCGCUGGCCUGAAGAAUGUGAAGACAGAUGCCAAGGAGAAGAUUGCUCCUCCAUCCAAGGAUGGCGAGGACCAGGCGUACUGGGAUAAAUAUCUGGAACGACCGCUGUUCGAUGUAAUCACCGCCAACAAGUAAUUGUAAAGCGGUAUAGCAAUAUUCACAGAAUGCAAAGUUGUUGACUUAGA